AUGCGCUACGCGGACCCCUCGGCGAACCGGGAUUUGUUGGGGAACCGAACUUUACUCUUCAUUUUCAUCUGCGCCUUCGCCUUGGUGACCUUGCUGCAACAGAUCUUGUACGGCAGAAACUACAUCAAGAGAGGCCUCCAGUUUGGUUGGCAGAGUGGCGACCAGCUGGCCAAUUGGACGGGGCUCUUUAAUGUCACGGACGACCCGGCCGUUCAGAGCAGCAGUACCUCCAGCUCCAGGUACUUUGAAUUUUACGAGGGCCCGUUUGAAUAUAACUCCACAAGAUGCCUGGAGCUGAGGCACGAAAUCUUGGAAGUGAAGGUGCUGUCCAUGGUGAAGCAGUCGGAGCUGUUCGACAGAUGGAAGAGCCUGCAGAUGUGCAGAUGGGCGAUGAAUAUCUCUGAAGCCAACCAGUUCAAGUCCACUCUGUCCAGGUGCUGCAAUGCCCCCUCCUUCCUCUUCACCACCCAGAAGAACACCCCCCUGGGGACGAAGCUCAAGUAUGAAGUGGACACCAGCGGCAUCUACCACAUCAACCAGGAGAUCUUCCGCAUGUUUCCCAAGGACAUGCCCUACUACCGGUCCCAGUUUAAGAAGUGUGCAGUGGUGGGCAACGGAGGCAUCCUAAAGAACAGCCGCUGUGGGAGGGAGAUCAACAGCGCCGACUUUGUCUUCCGGUGCAACCUACCCCCCAUCUCAGAGAAGUACACCAUGGAUGUGGGCGUGAAGACGGAUGUGGUCACUGUGAACCCCAGCAUCAUCACAGAGAGGUUCCACAAGUUGGAGAAGUGGCGGCGGCCCUUCUACCGGGUGCUGCAGGUGUACGAGAACGCGUCGCUGCUGCUGCCCGCCUUCUACAACACGCGCAACACCGACGUGUCCAUCCGCGUCAAGUACGUGCUGGACGACUUCGAGUCGCCGCAGGCCGUGUACUACUUCCACCCGCAGUACCUGGUCAACGUGUCGCGCUACUGGCUCAGCCUGGGGGUGCGCGCCAAGCGCAUCAGCACCGGCCUCAUCCUGGCCACGGCGGCGCUCGAGCUCUGCGAGGAGGUGCACCUGUUCGGCUUCUGGGCCUUCCCCAUGAACCCCUCGGGCCUCUACAUCACCCACCACUACUAUGACAACGUCAAGCCCCGCCCCGGCUUCCACGCCAUGCCCUCCGAGAUCUUCAACUUCCUGCACCUGCACAGCCGGGGCAUCCUGCGCGUGCACACGGGCGCCUGCAGCUGCUGCUGAGGGUGGCGCGGGCUGGCCGGCCCCCGCGGCGAGCAGGA